AUGAACAAAGAGGAUGCUAUCAAUGCCAAAUUGGCCAAGACUUUACACAGGUUCGAGACAAGAAUUAAGGCCGGUGAUUAUUAUGAGGCGCAUCAAACAUUAAGGACCAUUGCCAAUAGGUAUGUGAAUAGUAAAUCAUACGACCAUGCCAUUGAGUUGAUAUAUCAAGGUGCUCAAUCGUUUUUGACUGCUAAACAAGGUGGGUCUGGAACAGAUUUAAUAUUUUACCUCUUGGAAGUGUACGAAUUGGCCCAAACUGAAAUGAAUGAUGAUUCCAUGAGACGGUUAAUUCGACUAAUGAUACUGCUGGACCCACAGGAACCUAAUGUGAAAGAUGUUGCCACGGGAAUGAACAAUUGGACCAUUAAGGCUGGCUCCUACAAAUUUGGUGAUCCAUGGUUGCAUGACAUUAUAGCUCUUAAACUAUGGGAAGGAAAACAUGUUUAUGAAGCUGAGCGAUUUUUUCAAUUGGGGACUGAGAAAUCAGUGGAUAGAUAUGUUCAAAUGAUGUUUGAAUGGUUUGAUCAAGCCAGUGAAGAGGGAGCCGCUCCUGAAGUUGAUGAUUAUUUCAGCAGGCUAACUUUCAAUUACUUGUUCAUUCAAAACAUUAGGUUUGUCAAUCAAGCUAAAGAGGCUUUCCUUACGUCGUUUAUUAAUAAAUAUGCUCCCAAGGUUGAAAUUACUGAGAAGAAUCUUGGUUCUGGCGUUUUUAAGAUGUACUAUUUUGAAUCAUACAAAAGUUUGAAUUUCUUACAGUUAUUGGUUUUGACUUGUCAGACAAAGAACAGAGCUUUAUUCUCAAAUCUGCAAGAAGAAUAUUCGAAUCCAGCGGCCAAGUAUGCAGAUCAAUUGGCAUUCUUGGGUCAAGAGUAUUUUGGGAUCAUUGCACCAAAGCACUCCAAUUUCCUUCAAGAUAUGAUGUCUGGUCUCCUUGGCAGUGGUGGGAAAUGA